GGAAGAGGAGGAGGAGGAGGAGGAGGAGGAGGAAUUGGAAACCAAUUGAAGUAGGGAGUGGCCAUGCCAAAUAUUGAUAUUGAAACUUACCAGACUGUAGCCCACCUGUUUGGCAUAUAUCUCCUCUAGAUCCGUGAGCGGUCUCAGAUCCUCCUCUAACAUCACCUUUAUUACCAAAUGAAGCUCUGCUGCAGGGCACGGGGCAGUGCGCCACCGGACUCGACCCCUGGAGGACGGCCUGGGGCAGCAUUGGAAGUGUAUCAGCGAGAAGAGGUCUGCCGCUGGCCCUGCAGAUGCCCCCGGCAGAAGCCCACGUGUCCUCCUGGGGUGAGCUUGGUGAGGGAUGGCUGCGGAUGCUGCAAAGUCUGCGCCAAGCAGCCUGGAGACACCUGUAACGAAGCCGAGAUCUGUGACCCACACAAAGGCCUGUACUGUGACUACUCAGGGGACACGCCUAGGUACGAGACAGGCGUCUGCGCGUAUCUUGUGGCAGUUGGAUGUGAGUUCAACAGGGUCCAUUAUCAGAAUGGCCAAGUAUUUCAGCCCCACCCACUGUUCAGCUGCCUCUGUGUGAGUGGAGCCAUUGGAUGCACGCCCCUCUUCAUCCCCAAGCUGGCUGGCGGCAACUGUUCUGCAGCUAAAGGAGGAAGGAAGACUGAUCCCCCAAACUGUGGCCGGGGAGCCCUGCAGCAGCAGCACUCAGCGAGCUACAAGACAAUGCCAGCUUAUAGGAAUCUCCCACUUACUUGGAAGAAAAAAUGUCUUGUGCAAGCAACCAAGUGGACUCCCUGCUCCAGAACGUGCGGAAUGGGAAUUUCUAACCGGGUAACCAACGAAAACGGCAAGUGUGAAAUGAGAAAGGAGAAGAGGCUGUGCUACAUCCAGCCCUGCGGCGGGAACUCAUCAAAGGCAGUGAAGAUCCCCAGAGGAGAAACUUGUCAACCCACUUUCCAACUCCCCAAAGCUGAAAAAUUUGUUUUUUCUGGAUGCUCAAGUUCUCAGAGUUACAGACCCACUUUCUGUGGAAUAUGCCUGGACAAGAGAUGCUGUGUCCCCAACAAGUCUAAAAUGAUUACUGUUAGGUUUGACUGCCCCAGUGAAGGGUCAUUUAAGUGGCAGAUGCUGUGGGUCACAUCUUGUGUGUGUCAGAGGGACUGCAGAGAACCAGGAGAUAUAUUUUCUGAGCUCAGGAUUCUAUAGAGCCAAUCAGGAAGGCUAGCUAAGUCAGUCACGCCAUAGGACAACGCUGAAGAGCUACACAAGGGCAGGAAGCUCACUCAAGGGACUUAAAACAGAGGCACCAUUCUUUGCUUGCUCUAUUUGUGGCAACAGAAGUUUCUAAAACAUAUACUAAUAAAACAAAAAUGAAUGCUUGAAAAAUUUUAAAUAGAACUCAUUUCUUGAGUAUAGCCUAUAAUUAUGUAAUCUAAGAUAAAUGACUCCAGGUAAGGAUUCCAUACAUAGUGAAAGAUAUCAUGCCUUUGAUCCCAGCACAUGGGAGACAGAAGCAGGCAGAUCUCUGUGAGCUUGAGGUCAA